GAGGCUGGCUGCAAAAGCAGAGGGCUCCCCAUUAAGCCCCAUGUCAAAACGGCCGACUGUACAACUUUUUGGUAUCAUGAGCUCACUGCUGUAUUCUUACACGCUGCAGGGGGCAUACAUAUUUUGAAACUCUUCCAUCUAGAUUAUAUUACAGCUGGGAGAUCUGCAUGGUUAAAGAUCACUUCCCUGUUUCAGAAAUGGGCCCAGCCAAACUGCUCGAUGACAGACAGCGUGUCUUCAUCAUCCUCAUCACCACGUUGGCCCUGCUGCGCUCUAGCCGGGCCUUACCGAGGACAGACCCUCCUUUGAGUCCAGACAAGCCCUUCCUCUUCAUGUGGAACGCCCCGACUGAGCUGUGUGAAAUCCGCUUCGGCAUGCCGCUCGACCUUUCCUACUUCCACUACGUCAGCAGCACUCUGAAGACCGCAACAGACCAGAGCAUCUCCAUAUUCUACACGGACCGCUUCGGCAUCUUCCCGUAUGUGGACGAAGACACCGGUGAGGUGUACGAGGAAGGCCUGCCUCAGCUGGUCGACCUGGAGGAGCACAACGAAGAGGCCGAGGACGACAUCAGGUUCUACAUCCCUCAGGAUGGGACGGGCCUGGCUGUGCUGGAUUUCGAGGAGUGGAGGCCACAGUGGGUCAGGAACUGGGGCAGCAAAGACAUCUACAGACAGAUCUCCAUCGAAACAGUCCAGAAGAAGAACCCGUCUCUGUCCGAGGAACAGGUCGAGCAACGUGCAAAGAUGGUGUUCGAGAUCAAAGCUCGGCAGUAUUUUCUCAAAUCGCUCCGUAUCGGGAAGAGGCUGAGGCCCAAAAGACUCUGGGGUUACUACCUGUACCCCGACUGCUACAACUACGACUAUAAUCAGGACAUGCUCGGCUUCACCGGAGAGUGUCCCGCCCUCGAACAGACCAGGAAUGAUCAGCUGAAGUGGCUGUGGAACGAGUCCACAGCUCUGUUUCCAUCGAUUUACCUGGAGCUGGUGCUGAGAGACUCCCUGCAGGCCCGGCUGUUCGUCCGCCACCGCAUCCAGGAGGCCAUGAGGGUGUCAUCACUCUCAGAUAGCUCCUACUCCACCCCCGUGUACGCCUACAUCCGCCCUGUGUACAAAGACAGCGUCGAUGACUACAUGUCAGAGUUUGAUCUGGUGAACACCAUCGGGGAAGCUGCAGCUCUUGGUGCCGCAGGAGUCGUUUCCUGGGGGGACAUGAACGUCACAGACACAGAGGACUCCUGCUUCGAUGCUCGAAGCCACCUGGAGCACAUCAUGAACCCGUACAUCCUGAACGUCUCCACGGCCACACUGCUCUGCAGCAGAGCGCUGUGUCAGAGCCGAGGUCGCUGCGUGAGGAAGCGCUGGGACGAUGACGUCUACCUUCACCUUGACCCGCGUCGCUUCAGGAUCCAGCGGCAGCGUCGAGGCGGCCCGCUGACCGUGAGCGGCGGCCUCUCGCAGGACGACAUCAACACGUUCGACCGCAGCUUUGACUGCAUGUGUUACAGCCGGGAGCCGUGCAGGUCGGUCCUGACCAUCAACCUGCUCCCUGGGGCCGUCUCCAAGCCGGGGAAUCGAGGUGCUGACAGGCCACGCCCCCUCCUGCUGCUGGUUUUACUGAUCUGUCUGAAGUUUGUCAUCAUGGGAAUAUAAAGUCCAGGACUGGAGGAGAACGACUUCAGGAUUCAUGUGUUUGUUACUUUUCUUUUGUGUUUUUUUUAGACUGCUCAUGUCUGAAUUUAAAAAAAGACAUUUAAAAAUCUUAAUUCUGUCAAA